AUGGCUCCAACUACUUUGCAUCUCCGUUCUGAGCUGGGCAAGGCUCUUGAACACCGAUCUGCACUAACUCCAACGACCACAAAAGCUCUCAUUGAAGCUGGCUACACAGUCAAUGUUGAGCGUAGUCCCGAGCGCAUCUUCGACGAUGAGGAAUUUGAAAAAGCCGGAGCGACCUUAGUACCAGAAAACACAUGGCGCGAGGCUCCUACAGAUAACAUUAUCAUUGGCUUGAAGGAACUGCCUGUGGAAGAGUUUCCCCUUAAGCAUGUGCACGUUCAAUUCGCCCACUGCUACAAGCAACAAGGUGGCUGGGAGAAGGUGCUCGCCCGAUUUCCCCGCGGCGGUGGAACCCUCCUCGAUCUCGAAUUCUUGACUGAUGAUAAGGGAAGGCGUGUUGCUGCUUUUGGAUAUCAUGCUGGAUUCGCGGGCGCGGCUCUUGCUCUCGAGACAUGGGCUUGGCAAUUUACACACCCAGCGUCAGAACCGUUCCCUGGUGUCACCAGCUAUCCUAACGAGGAUGCUCUGAUCGCAGACGUCAAGAAGGCAAUUGUUGCUGGUAAAGAGAAGACAGGCAAAGAUCCAAGAGUGCUUGUCAUUGGCGCUUUAGGAAGAUGUGGUGGUGGUGCGGUUGAUCUCUGUUUAAGAGCAGGAGUUCCAACUGAGAACGUGUUGAAGUGGGAUAUGGCAGAGACUAAAAAAGGCGGCCCAUUCCCAGAGAUCGUGGAGAGUGACAUCUUUGUCAACUGCAUUUAUCUCAUGUCCAAGAUCCCCAACUUUGUUGACAUGAAGAGCUUGGAUACCCCAGAUCGCAAGCUCUCAGUCAUCUGCGAUGUGAGUGCGGAUACCACUAACCCCAACAACCCAAUUCCAGUCUACACUGUCGCAACAACCUUCAACGAACCUACGGUUCCCGUUGAGGUCAAGACAGAGCCAAGAUUGAGUGUCAUUAGUAUCGAUCACUUGCCUAGUCUUUUACCAAGGGAAGCAAGCGAAGCAUUUAGCAAAGAUUUGUUACCGAGCCUCUUACAAUUGAAUGACUGGCGCAAUGUCCCGGUUUGGGCCAAGGCAGAGAAACUAUUCCAGGAGAAAGUAGCUACUUUGCCAAAGAGCGCCUUGUAA